GUAUCAAUUUGAAGGUAAUUUUCGGUGUCUCCAUCUAACGCUUAAUUGUAUCGAAGUACAACAAUAGUGUUUAAGAGCGCACAAUCAUCUUUUAUCAUCUUUGGAUGAUAAGAGAGACUCUCUUUUUUCUGGAAAGUUGUUCAUUCAUUUGGCUACUUUAUUUGAUGUUAAUUGAAAGAUGAGCUGAGUUACACUUCUGAGAUGUUCAUUAUACUUAUUAAUCCGUUUAAUAGUAUUGCUUUUUUUGUAAAAUUAUUGUUACUUUUGUUAUUGUGUUUACCCUUCAACUCAAUUAAUUGUAUUAAAAUAGUGAAUCUUCAGGAAUCAAUUAGUGAACUCGAAGAUUAUGUUAAAAACUUGACUGCUCAACUACGAGAAACUGAAUUGCGUUUAUCUAAAGUCGAAGAUGAUUGUCAAUGUGGAUUGCAUUAUCAACAAUCAGAAUCCAAUAGAAAUAAUUUAAAUCAUAAAAUAUCUAUUGUCAAUUAUCAACUUGCUAAUCGUGUGAAUAAUAGUUCUGUUAAUUUAAAUUUAAACUGUUUAUCCUCAAAUGGCUCUGCAAUUGAAAAUGGAUCAAGUUGGACAUCAAAUUGUGAUACAUGUAAAUGUAUAAAUGGUUCAAUUGAUUGUAGGCGAGUCAAGUGUCCAUCACUCAAUUGUAAAUCAUCGUAUUAUUUAAAUGAUAAAGAUUGUUGUCCAGUUUGUCAUAAGAAGUGCUUAAAGGAUGGCAAAUACAUUGAACAUGGUGAUGUUUAUAUUAAAGAUUGUGUUAAAUGUGUUUGUGAAAGUGGAUCAUUAAGAUGCAAAAGGAUUAAUCCAUCCACUUAUUGUCCACCAUUGAAUUGUCCAGUUGAUAAACAAUUUAAAAAAGAUGGUGAAUGUUGUAAAUAUUGUUUAGAUUAUGAUUUUUGUGGCCAAGGACAUGAUUGUCAUCCAAAUGCAAGUUGUCACAAUUUAAAAACUGAAUAUACAUGUAAAUGUAAAUCAGGUUUUUGGGGAAAUGGUAAAGAUUGUCAUGAUGUUAAUGAAUGCCUUGAACUUGGUGGAAUCAAUGGUCACUUGUGUAGAGAUAAUUCAAAGUGUGUUAAUACAAAUGGAUCUUAUUAUUGUCAAUGUUUACCUGGAUUUAAGAGAAGAGACUCACUCAAUUGCAUCGAUAUAAAUGAAUGUGAAUCUGGUGGGAAUCAUAAAUGCAAUGAAAAUGCAGCCUGUAUAAAUACUGAAGGAAGUUAUUAUUGUAAAUGUUUACCAGGAUACACUGGAAAUGGAACUCAUUGUAAUCCAAUUUGCAAUAAAAAAUGUGCCAAUGGAGGUAAAUGUAUUGGACCAGAUAAAUGUUCAUGUAGAAGAGGAUUUUAUGGAAAUUAUUGUGAAAAAGAUAUUGAUGAAUGUUCAUUGAAUAUUCAUCAUUGUCCAGUAAACUCUGAAUGUAUUAACAAACCUGGUUGGUAUUACUGUCAAUGUCUGUCUGGUUAUACAAGUUUAAUUGAAAGAAACGAUUCCAAUUAUCAAUUGAAAUGUAUUGAUUUGGAUGAAUGCAAUGAAGGAAUAGAUACUUGUGAUGAAAACACAAUUUGUGUUAAUACUGAAGGAAGUUAUAGAUGUGAUUGUCCGUCAACUAUAUCAUCGUCAUCCCAAUCACAAUUACAAUCGCUAACACCGUCGUCUUCAUCAUCAUCAUCCUCUUCCUGUUCGCAAGACUGUGUCUAUCUCGGCCAAAGACGUUCACAUAAUGAAACAUGGGAAUCAGAAAUUGAUUCAUGUUCUCAAUGUUCCUGUUCUUCAGGAGUUACUAAUUGUUCAAAAUUAGAAUGUGAUUGUUCUAAUCCUAAUCAUGUUAAUAUUGAUUGUUGUCCUAAAUGUCAAACAACUGGAGAUUGUGUCGAUCAAGAGAAUGAUGAAUUGAAAUAUAAAAAUGGUGAAAAUUGGUUAUAUAAAUGUAAAUCAUGUCAAUGCUCGUUUGGUGAAGUUGAUUGUUAUGACAUCGAUUGUCCACCAGUACAGUGUAAUAAUCCAAUAAAAGGUGAAGAUGAUUGUUGUCCUCGCUGUGAAGAUGAUCCAUGUGAAGACUUGUCGCCAAGUUCAUUAACAGCUUCAUUUGACAGAAAAAUAUUUAAAUCAAAAUCUCAAUCUCAGCGUAAAAAUGUGACUCAAUAUAAAUCUCCUAGUUCAUCAUCAAGACCAAUAAUAAUAAUCAAACCUGGAAUCUCAAUAAACUCAACAAUCUCUCAUUACAAUAAACAUAAUCCUGGUUGUAUGUAUCUUGGCAAAUCUUAUGAAAAUGGACAAAAAAUUGCAAUUAAAAAAGAUCCUUGUGCUUCUUGUAAAUGCAAGAAUGGCCGAUUAUGUUGUAAAUAUUAUGCUAAUUGUAUCAAUGGCUCUUCAUCUGUAUUUAAUGAUCAUUUGAAUCAAUAUAAAGACAUGGAUUCUCAAAUCAUAAAUGAUAAUGAAAAUGAAAAUGAAAAUGAUGAAUUGGUUGAAACACCAUCAAAUGGAUCCUGUUAAUCAAAUGAAUGAUCAACUAGAAUCAAAUCAUCAUCUCAAUCAAUUGCAAUAAAUCCAAAAUAUUUGGUCAACUCUCAGUUUCAAAUAAAUUGAACAAAAGCCCAAGCUGGAACUACUCAACAAAAUCCAAUAGUGAUUGGCAACUAAAUGAUCAAGGAUAACUUUCAUGAAUCCUGGUUCAUCGAAAUCUAAAUAAACAAAUCUACUCAGAAAUUAUCGUCCAAUGCAACAGCCCUGAUCUGGAUCCUUUUGAUUUCACUUUCUGGGAUAUGCUCAAGGAAUCACCGCAUUAUCCGACUCAUUUGAAAAAGACCGUUGAAAAAAUAACACUACAAUCAGCAUUAUCAACAAUUUUGUAAACUCGAACUCGGCUCGAAUUGUUAGUCGAACUGUUAGUUAACUUUUGCUUUGAACCUUCAGCUAUAAAGAAUCAAAAUCGAACGAGUUUCGAUUAUUUUCUACCCACUUUAUAAUCCCUUUAUUUAGACAUAAAAUCUCCAUUCUUGAUACAAUUACAACAUUAACAGUUAACUAGGAAGGUUAAUUGUUAUCAAGAUUGUCAAAAUAAAGUUGUAAUCUUUUAAUUUAAUAACUCUUGCUUUGCUUGUG